CCCAAUACCCAAGGCUAAUCUUAUGGAACAACCGUGCAAUAUGGCCUGUAGUACCGCCACAAUAUAAAUCACUCUCCUAAUAAAUUUCCUGGAUUUUCGCUAAGCGGAACGCACGAUGACGCGGCUAUCUUUUGAUGUUUUGAUAGCAAUCUGUUGGAUGAUCCUUUUAAAUAAAUCAUGUAAAGGAUCCGGAAUGUACUGCUGGGAUUGCGGACGCCUACCCGACUAUCCCAUCGAUAAAUACAUUCCCUGCCGAUUCAAUCAGGAGCAGCUGAGCACGCCGGAUCAAUGCCAUCCCAGUGCGCGAUAUUGUUUGACGGCGGAUAUUUCCCCGCUGGAUGAAAGCGCUGAGCCCUACUACAUUCAGCAGUGUUCUCGGUCGUGUACUUCCGGUUCAAGCGUUGACAGGGCACGCAACGUCCGGGUGACAACAUUCUGCUGCCAGGAUCACGGGUGCAAUACCCAUUCGGGUUCUUCGCAAUCUUUACCCGGAAUAUUUUUAAUUUUUUUGGGAAUAGUUUUUAUACGGCUUUUCUUUUUCGGCCGACCUUAGAGCACUUCCGGUGCGAUAUAAUUUUUUUAAAAACAGAAACGCUUAUAAAGCCUUCUGAUUGUCAGUAUUAUUUUUGUAAUUCCAUAUAAAAGAAUAAAUGACUGUGCAAAAACGGAAGACAAAGGCAAUAAAAAAAACGAUAAAUUUAAUUUCUUGCUUGCUUGCUAAAUUUCUUUGAGCGUUUGUUGGAUCCAUGACAGGUGUUUUGCCACGUUAACGUAGACGAAGUGGUUGUUGUCGCACCUGCAAAGACUUUUGCUCUAAAUUUCUUAACAAUUAAUUAUUUUUAUUUGGCCGAUUUAAAUACUGGUCACUGGCCUUUUUUAGAAUUAUUGCUGUAUAAUUCAAAUGAAGUUUGAUUUCUAUAAGUGUUUUUGUUGGUUACAUAUAUCCCCAUUACCGUCUAAAGCGAAGCGCUAAUUUUCCUAAAAACUAUUUUAAUAAAGUCUUACUGAAAUGUUCGGAGUGCCAAAGUUGCGAUUCCCAGUUGUACAAAGUUGUCCGUUGUUUUAUCAUGGACUACUAGCGGACUUCCUAC